AUGAUCUCCGACGCUCACAUCCCCACCGAUCUCCGUGGUCUGCGCGCCUGCUUGCUUUGUUCGAUCAUAAAGUCGGGAGAAAUGUUUGAACGACAAGGCUGCGACAACUGUGAAGGUCUCCUGGGCCUGAAGGAUAAUGCCGAGAAAGUUGAUGAAUGUACAAGGUAAUUUUCGAUUUUUGUAUUGAAUUUUUGAUGUUUAGGUAAAGAAAUCUGAUGCAGAAGCUAGAUUAAUGUUUCAUUGAGCUUUGACGGACUUCUGUUAUUCGUUUUUACAUUCACCAUGGUGAAGAUAGUCUAAUGUCCAAUUUCAGCUCAAAUUUCGACGGAUUCAUUGCGGUGACUGAUCCAACGGACUCGUGGGUGUGCAAGUGGCAGGUAAGACCUUUUUCUCUACAAAUAUUGCCUCAGUUUUAAUGGUAACUAUCUUCGUCUUACACUUGACCUAGUGCAAUAUAUUUUUUUUUUGUUUUUAGGGGAUUAAAACAAGGAAGCCUGGACUAUACGCAGUCUCUGUGUCUGGAACAUUGAGCCGAGAGAUUGUCAGCGAGCUGAAGGAUCAAGGGUUCCGUUAUCGACCAGAAAUGAGAGACAAAUCAGUUGCUCAAUAA